UCGGUGCAAGCCACCCCCGUGCGGUGUUCCCUCUAUAUGCGAGAUCGUUGUCGUUCGAUUCUGCGCCGUUGCGCCGCUUUCCGCAGGGCGGCUCCUACCCGCCUGACGCUCUCUUCCUGGCGUUCCACCGUGCGCACCCCCGAGGGACGGUGGGCACAAAUGGUGGUGUAACGUGCGCGUAAGUCGGUGGUAAAGGAAAAAGACGAGCGUCUCGUGCGUGCGUACGGUCGACGUCGGGCCCCGAGCAGUCGGAAGGCGCUUCUCCCGGCCCAGCCCUCAGUCGCGAUGGUCACCGACAGUCAGGCUGAUGACACGACAGCAUUUCUUCGCGCUGCUCGGUCCGGCAACCUCGAGAGAGUCGUCGAAUUUCUCGAUACUGACUUAGACAUUAAUACAGCCAACUCGAACGGUUUAAAUGCCUUGCAUUUAGCUUCGAAGGAUGGCCACGUUGAGAUAGUAACCGAGUUAUUAAAAAGGGGCGCAAAGGUCGAUGCGGCGACGAGAAAAGGAAAUACAGCAUUACACAUAGCUUCGUUAGCUGGCCAGUGCGAAAUAGUCAAUAUACUUAUUCAAUAUGGUGCCGCGGUUAAUAUUCAGUCGCAAAACGGAUUCACUCCUUUAUACAUGGCAGCGCAGGAGAAUCACGACCAGGUCGUCAAACUCUUGCUCGGCAAUGGAGCGAAUCAAAGUCUCGCGACUGAGGAUGGAUUUACACCGCUCGCUGUGGCGAUGCAGCAAGGCCACGAUAAAGUGGUCAGCGUGCUCUUAGAAAACGAUUCAAAGGGCAAGGUCAGAUUGCCGGCACUCCACAUCGCCGCGAAAAAGGACGAUUGCAAAGCCGCCGACUUGCUCUUACAAAACGACCAUAAGCCCGAUGUGACAUCGAAGAGUGGCUUCACCCCUCUUCACAUCGCCGCUCAUUAUGGAAACGAGGAGAUAGCACGGUUAUUAAUUAAACGAGGAGCCGAUGUAAAUUAUUUAGCUAAGCAUAACAUAAGCCCGCUACACGUGGCGGCAAAGUGGGGCAAGAAUAAUAUGGUUAAGAUAUUGUUGGAGAACUCGGCGCAAAUCGACGCCAAAACCAAAGACGGUUUAACUCCGCUACAUUGCGCAGCACGAUCGGGACAUGAACAGGUUGUCAGCACGCUUCUUGAAAAUUCGGCGCCGAUCAGCGCGCGUACUAAGAAUGGGCUCGCACCGUUACACAUGGCCUCUCAAGGAGAUCAUGUGGAUGCUGCAAGAGUGCUGCUGUACCAUCGGGCGCCAGUAGACGAAGUGACCAUCGACUAUCUGACCUCGCUCCACGUUGCCGCGCACUGCGGCCACGUUAGGGUCGCCAAGCUGCUACUCGAUCGUAAAGCCGAUCCGAACGCUCGAGCUCUGAAUGGCUUCACGCCGCUCCAUAUCGCUUGCAAGAAGAACCGCAUCAAAGUGGUUGAACUGUUGCUGAAGCACGGUGCAUCCAUCGAGUCGACCACGGAGUCCGGACUGACUCCAUUACAUGUGGCCAGUUUUAUGGGGUGUAUGAAUAUCGUGAUAUUCCUACUGCAGCAUGAAGCCAAUCCUGACGUGCCAACUGUUAGGGGUGAAACACCCCUGCAUCUGGCAGCUAGAGCUAAUCAAACAGACAUUAUUCGAAUUUUGCUAAGAAAUGGUGCCAAAGUCGAUGCUCGUGCAAGGGAACAGCAAACGCCGCUUCAUAUAGCGUCUCGAUUAGGAAAUAUCGACAUUGUUAUGCUGCUGCUACAGCACGGCGCGGCUGUGGACACCGCUACGAAAGAUAUGUACACGGCGCUUCAUAUCGCGGCGAAGGAGGGUCAAGAGGAGGUGGCGGCCAUUCUUGUGGAGAACAAUGCUUCUCUUAAAGCUGCAACGAAAAACGGCUUUACACCUUUACAUAUCGCGGCUAAAUACGGAAAUAUGAAUGUCGCAAAUAUACUCUUGCAGAAAAAAAGCAAACUUGAUGUCCAAGGAAAGAACGAUAUUACGCCUUUACAUUUGGCAUGUCACUACGAUCAUCCAAAUGUUGCAACUCUUUUAUUAGAAAAAGGAGCAUCGCCUCACCUUGCGUCGCAAAAUGGACACACUCCGCUACAUAUCGCUGCUCGCAAAAAUCAGAUGGACAUCGCUUCUACUCUCUUGGAGAGCGGGGCGAAGGCAAACGCGGAAUCCAAAGCGGGUUUCACCCCGUUGCAUCUGAGUGCGCAAAAAGGACAUUACGAUAUGACAAAUUUGCUAAUUGAGCACGGUGCCAAUCCUAAUCACAAAGCCAAGAAUGGACUCACGGCGUUGCAUUUAUGCGCGCAAGAAGAUUUCAUUAGGGUGGCCUCUAUCUUGGUGAAGAACGGGGUUGACGUUGAGAGUCAAACAGAGACUGGCUACAGGCCGAUACACGUGGCCGCGCACUUCGGAAAUUUGUCGAUGAUACGCUUUUUGUUGAAACAUAAUGCUACGAUUGAUGUUAGAACUAAUCAGAAUUACACUCCGCUUCAUCAGGCUGCCCAACAGGGUCAUGCUCAUAUUGUCACCGCUUUGUUGGAAGGAAAUGCUUCACAUAAAGCGCGUACUAACGAUGGCUUAACGGCACUGAACAUAGCACAAAAAUUAGGAUAUAUCUCCGUGAUGGAAGUGCUGAAAGGAUUGCCUUACGAUAGCGCGACUCCAGAUAACAAAAACUGGGAGGAAAAGUACAAAGUAAUAGCUCCAGAAAGCUUGCAAGAAACUAGUUUUAUGUCUGACUCGGAAGACGAAGGAGGUUCUGACGCAUUAAUUAGCGAACAACCUUAUCGAUAUCUUACGGUAGACUUGAUGAAGAGUCUAAGGGAUGAUUCGUUGCCUAUUGAUGUUACUAGGGAUGAUCCGGUGCACAGACAAGUUUCAAAAGAAGAAAAACAGGAAUUUACACAAAGCAAUAAUUACUGUCUAGCGGAAAAUUUUGAUAAUGAUGGACUGAAUCUGGGGAAGCUGCACUUCAGAUCAUUUUUAAUAAGUUUUCUGGUGGAUGCACGUGGCGGUGCCAUGAAGGGAUGCAGACACAGUGGUGUGCGUAUUAUUAUACCGCCUCGAAGAGCAACGAUGCCGAUUCGCGUAACAUGUAAACUAGUAAAAGCAACUAAAGUGGCGAAUCCGCCUCCCUUGAUGGAAGGAGAGGCUCUUGCUACUCGAAUUAUCGAGAUGGGUCCUGUAGGCGCGAGAUUUUUAGGACCCGUCUUAAUUGACAUACCGCACUUUGCAUCUGUUCGCGGAAAAGAACGGGAAAUUAUUAUUUUGCGAAGCGAGAAUGGAGAAACAUGGAAGGAACACGAUAACUCCGCAGAUAAUGAUGACACUCUCCUUAAUACGCCUUAUGAUCCGCAGAUGAGCGUUGCACACUCGGCCAGAAUUACUCGCAUAAUCACCACAGACUUCCCGCAGUAUUUUGCUAUCGUGACCAGAAUCAAACAAGAAGUUCACGUUAUCGGUGCCGAGGGUUGCAUUUUGUUAUCUAGUGUGGCAAAUCACGUGCAGGCCGUUUUUCCACCGGGAGCGUUAACGAAGAAAAUCAAAGUUGGCUUGCAGGCGCAUGUUAUCCCGGCUGAACUUACGGCCAAACUGCUCGGCAAUUGCGUUGCCGUUUCGCCGGUGAUCACAAUCGAACCCAGACGACGAAAGUUCCAUAAACCGAUAACCCUCACGAUUCCCGUGCCGCAAGCCGCGAACAAGGGGAUGAUCAAUCAGUAUGGUGGAGAAACACCUACAUUACGCCUCUUGUGUAGCAUUGCGGGCGGAACCAACGAGUCGCAAUGGGAAGACGUUACCGGAUCAACACCGUUAACUUUCAUGAACGAUAAAGUGUCGUUCACCACUACCGUUUCAGCAAGAUUCUGGCUGAUGGACUGCAGAAAUAUUGGUGCAGUACCGAAAAUGGCAACGGAGUUGUAUGAGGCAUCCUUACAUGUGCCAUACAUAACAAAUUUUAUAAUAUACUCGAAGAGGAUGGAUGUGUUGGAAGCUACAUUGCGAAUAUUGUGCAUGACCGAUGGCAAAGAAGGCAUGCACACUUUGGAGAGACAAGAGGAAUUUACGGAGAUUGUUAAGAGCCGCGAUGUUGAGGCACUCGACGGAAAAGAACUUUAUAUUGAAUUUAGUGGGAAUUUAGUGCCAGUAACAAAGUCCGGUAUGCAGUUAAAGUUCACGUUCAGGGCUUUCAGACAGAAUCGAUUGUCAUUCCACGUUAAAGUGAAAGAUCCAUUAUUGGAUCCAGUGGCGAGAAUGUUGUUUAUGCGAGAACCAAAAGUUGCUAAAGGAGAACCACCUCAGCAACCUAUUUGUGUAUUAAAUAUUGUACUCCCUGAAACAAUUGUUAAACAUGACUUACAAAAGAGAUUAAAAGGUUAUGAAGAUUCUAAUAUCAUAAAUCAAAAAUUAGAUUACUACAAAUCAAAGUACAAAGUGGAACAAAUGGAGAAAACUGAUAAGCCUAAAGAGACUUCUUCGCCAACAGAAAAGAAAUUCAUAACCGAUACGUUGCAAAAGGAACAAACAGAUGCCGCUUUCCACGAAUCCUUUGCACAAAAAGCGGCUUGUCCCCUAGAAUCCGUAGAUGCUAGUUAUCCCAAUAAAGUAGGCGCCGGUCAGUCGGAGCCUGAUCUGUCGCCCGAUCUCGAAAGGCAGACGUACUCGGAGAAGCGUAAAUUUUGGGAGGAUAUCUCGAGGAAACGCGAAAACUACCAGCGUUCCGAAUCCGAGAUCUCGAGGACCUCUCAAUUGACCAUUAACGAGAGCGACAGCGAGUCAUGCCUGCCGAAUGUCGUGUCCGAGGAAGGUGAUGGGACAACGGAGGGCAUCUCGGACGUCAUAAGGUCGGAGACCAUCGAGGACAUCAACGUGCCAGAUAUCUCGGAGUGUUCGGUAGCGGAGAAAGCGCAUUACUUCGAGGAGCAGAUACAGAAGGAGAUGGCGAAGGGAACGCCGAGGCUGCACCAGCAGGACUCCUCCAAGUCCGAAAAAGACAAGUCUCUCUCCAAGGACCAGAAGAGUCACGCGGAAAAGAGUACGAUGGAAAUGACAAAGGAGAAGAUUGAUAUUCAGGAAAAACACGUGGCGGAAUCGAGAGAGAUAGAGAAGAUCUUGAAAGCUGCUACGGAGGGCGAUAAAUGGAUGAAGGAGCCGUGGAAGGAUAAAAAUAAAAAGGACGAUGACAAAGAAGCGCGUGAAGAAGUUAAAAAAAUAACGGCUGAGCCAAUGAUGGAGAUUUGCAAGGAAUUAUUGAAUAAGGAAAGAGAGCUCGCUGAGGAAACGCAGGUGAGACGUGCUCCGGUUGGAAAAGAGAUCGCUGCACAAAAGAAGCCUGACAUAUCCACAGACAUCGCAGAAAAGGAACAACCGGAAACGUCAUUAAGCAAGGAGAAGUUGGUCGGAAAGCAAAUUACAACGAAGGAAACAACAAUCACUUAUAAGAUGGAAAAAGAUGAAACUCUAAUGCCAGAGCAGAUUCAUAAGUCGAUGCAAAUCAAAGGUGCGAAUGGUAAAUCAGUUACACGAACGGACAUUAGGACUGAAUUGUUUCCUCUGGAUGAUAAAAAGGAAAUCGAGCAAUUCCUCGAAGAGGAGAGGCGAAUCAUUGAAGAAGAAGCGGAAAGGAAGAUGAUGGCCGAUUUUAAUCUUGACAGGGAAAGAAAAUCCUCUGUUGAAAUCAAACAGAUGAAGAAAGAAUUCGAAUCUCGCAUUCCGAUUUCCACUGCGAUGGCUGACAAGGAUAAAAGCCAGAAAGAAGGAAAAGGUAAAAUAUUACCGGAGAAACCUGAGGAGAAACCGGUAAAAAGUUCUCUAACCACGGAGAAAGAAAAGGAUAUUGCAUCGCCAUCCAGCAAGAAGAAAGAAUUUGAAUCCCGUAUACCCAAACGUAUCAUGGAAGGAGCAAAGGAGAAAGAAGGAACAAAGAAAGACUUGCCGGGACGAAAAGAAGGUGAAACCAUCACUGUCACCGAAAGAAAAUCCAGCGAGGAGGUUACUUCGCGGCACGAAGAACGCACGAAGAGUAAGACACACACUUUUUCUAAAACCUUCACCGACGCGCAGGACGCGUUUAGGAUGUUCGAGGAUAUAAGUGCAAUGAAAGACAAGGACUUCGAUACGGUUACUUCAAAGGUCGAUACUAAAGCUACAAGUAAGGUGGAAAAGAAGGAAGUGUUUUCGUCAAAAAUCUCCAGCGGUGCGGAUAAAUUUAUAACUCACGAGGAGAAGGAAAAAGUGGAACGGAAAAAGUCCUCGGAGUCCAAACUUACUAAGGAGUCGCCGGCUGAGACGACAGAGGAGAAAAAAAGCAAGAGCGAGGAGGUGGAUAAGACCGCUGUGCAGAAGAUGUCAAUGAACGUGACGAAAGGCAAGGAAGUGAUAGAUGCAAGCGCUUCUGAGACCAGAGCGAAGAGUGAAAAGGAAGAAUUAUUUAAAUUGCUAGAGGACAGGGAAGGAACCGCGACGAAAAAAUCUGGAACUAGCAGGGACAGGAAAAGCGACGUGGAUGUGGCGAUUAGAAUUAAGAAGGACGAUGCGAAGAAGGUAGAGGACAUUAAAGAAAUGCCUAAAACAGCCAAAGGAAUAGACUUAGGAAAGGUUGAAAUGGUCGCGCAAGGACAAUCUUACAGAGAGAGCUUGGAGAGUUUUAAUGUUGAGCAGUUUGUACCUAGUCAAAAGGAUAAGAUGGAUUUAACUGAAAAGGUGAAGAAAGACGGACAACUUCCGAGCAAAGAAGCUCCGAUAUCUUUGGAGAAGAAAGAACAAUUAAUUGCCAAAGAAAUCGAAGCGCGGAAUUUAGCGGAGGGUCUAAUACAGUCGAUUGAGAGUGAGAUUGAGAAAAGAUCGUUGACAUCGGGAUUGAAACCACAGAUGUUGAGUAAAGAAUAUUUAGAUCAAUUGAUUUCUGAGAGCAGCGACACUGAUCAUGAGAAACUGGCGGACGAUCUAACGAAACAAUUCGAAAGCAUUAUGCAGAAGGACGAACAAUUGAUGGAUUAUCCAGGAACGACGCUAACGAAGACGUCCAUACAAGAAGAAAUGUUCGAGAAAGGAUACACCAGAGAUAGUAUAAGCGAGGAUAUAACGAAAGAUGAAGAAUCGUCACCGCAUGAUCGAGAAGAAAGUUUACAAUCAUCUUCGCAAGCGAAACUCCAGGACAGAGACAUCACUUUAAGCCCCAGCAGUAUAUCUGAGCAGAUUGAUCUUGAAGAAACUAUCGAUGUUGAUACUGGAGAACUAGAGGAUAUAUCUAAGUCUAGUCCACGAUCAGAGAAACUUCGUUCGGACAGAUCGAGCAGUCACAUCGAGCCACUUCAAAAGGAUAUAUAUAGUGAUAGUUUAUCGAAAGACAAAAUUGUGUCGGAGAUUUCGGGCGCUAGAGUGCUAGAGAUCUUGGAACCAGGCAUAGACAGUCGACAAGACUCGUUCGACGUGCCGUCUUUGGAGUUAGACGAGCACAAAGUGUCAGAACAGACUAGCAGGGACGUAGCUUCUUUACACGAGAGUGUGGCUGUAGAUUCUUUAGAAAAAAUCGGGCGAGAGAAAGAUACGACUGUCAGUUCUAGCACAGUGUCCGAGGACGUUAAUGUAGAGUAUCCUCCAAUUCACGAGCGUGCUUUAUCCAUGACUGCUGUUCCAACGAGAGAAUACGACGCGGGGGAUAGACGGAGGGCGGACAGUUUCGAAAUCGAGAGCCCGCCGUUGGUUUCACCAAGGGUGAGGAAUGUACGAGAUCUGGAGAUCAAGCCGGUGGACUGGAUGAUCGGCGACGAGAAGAUUGAAAUAUCAGAAAUGCUGCAGCCCUCUCAGGUAUUCAGUCAGGAGCUGGAGGAGUACGAGUCGUCUUUACAACGCACCCGCACCUCCUCGCAGGAUGAAUCUGUGGAUUUGGAGCAAGAGUCCAUGACUAAGUCUUCGGAGGAGAUCAGUGUAAUCGAAUCAGUCAAAGAGUCGAUGGCCAGUGACAAGGUCGGAACGACUACCACGGCUAAGAUGACAAAGUUUACUGUGACCCCAGUGACCGAGCCAGACUUUGAGAGCGAACUGAUAGAAAAUAAAUUAGAUAUUAGUUGUCAAGAGUUAGUCGACACUCUGCAACGAGAAUACGACGCCAAGACGCCGACGGACGAGUACGCGGCUAGCAUACGACAAUCGAUAUCUCGCGAAGAUUUCGACUGGGAAACGAGUAUUACCGAAGCCGUUACGGAAAUGAUACCUAUGAAAGAGGAAGAAGUGAAAGAUUUAGCUACGGAAAUGUCUGAAAUUAAAGCACAGGAAAUGGGCAAAGAAACUUUCCAACGAGACAUUUCUGCGGAUAAAGUAUCUGCGAUGAAAGAAGAAAAAGCAGAUUUUAAGGUAAAAGAAUUAGAAGUCACGAAAGAAGGAAUAACUGAAACUAAGGAAAUUAAAAAAGAGUCCACGAAAGAAGAAUCAGAAUUACCAAAGUGUGCGAGAGUCGAUGAUGUGCUAAAAGAAUGGACAGAGACUUAUUUGGUGAAGAUCAAGCCUCCCAGUGAGGAAUACAGACGACAUAUGGAAAAAACCACCGAGAAACACGACAAGUCCAGCAAAUCGACGACUGCUCCUUCCGAUACUUGUGCCUUUAAAAUAAAGAAAGAUGAUCACCAGAACGUCGAUUUGAGCGCGCGAUACGCGAUAACGGUACUCGAUCAAGUAGUAAAAAAAGAGAUCGCCGAAGUGAAAGAGUCCUUGGAAGCCGCUAAACAGGACUUGAUAGAAGAAUUGAGUGAGAACAGUCAGACCGUGAUUCAGAUUAAAGAUUCGCCCUCAGAGUUUCAGUUCAAACUCCAACCGGAAUCCAUUCCGAACGAUUUGCCGUUUUUGUACAGACCACCGUCCAUUGAACAUGUUCCUGCGGAGGCUAAACCGGAAACCGAAGCUGAAGUUACUACACACGGCGAAUCGUCAAUUGUAAAAACUCAAAAAUUUGACCAGGCGAAACAGGAAGACACUGAUGAUAAACUAUCUGUCCAAGUAACUGCCACCAUUGAAGACAGACCAGCCGAUACAAUUAAAGCGCCUGAAAUCGGUAUCGAGAAGCACGAAGAAGAAGAACCUAUAAUAACCGUUGAUGACGACGAAGAUGAAGGUCGUCCCAGCCCGCUUCCUAUCAGUAGAUCGUCAGACGUUGGUUCGGACAUGGAUAACAGGGAUGACAGCUACUCUUUGGCACUACCCCACCCGGCACCCAGAAGACGCCACAAACUGGCCAAAAUAUCGAAGAAAAUUAAGUCCUCGGAGAGCGAAGCCGAUGUCUCGAGUUCUGGCGAGAGCAGCAAUUAUCAGUCCUGUGAUUAUGAAGUUGGUAGUGGAAGCAGACCCAGUUCGUCCGAUGUCGAGGCAAUGCAGUCCGCCGCGGGUGGUGUACAAUCCGGAACCGCUUCGGAGUACGAGACGGCGAUGAUGUCUGUCGAACAUGAGGGGUCCAAGACAUUGCCGACGUCGCAAGAAUAUCAAACAGCAGCGAGCACGUUGAGCUCCCACGAAUCCAUGAAGUCCUUAAAUUCUCUUAGUUCGGGCCAUCUCGGCAGCAUCGACAGCACCAGCGAGUUGUCGGAGACACUGGUACCUUCGGAGGAAGCGGACGUAGACGCGGACGAGAUAGACGAAAACCUGGAAAGCGCAUUGGACGCGGAACACGAGUUGGCCGAGGCGUCGGACUCUUCCGGCAGCGAAGAAAUACCAAUGGAUGAAGCCAUAGACAAACUCGACAAAAUUGACAGUCAUAUACCAUGUCGCAUGAAGCGUUCAUCCGAGAUGAUUUUUCAACAAAUCAUAGACGACAGCGUUGGUAAGGAGACAGAGUCCGUAGGCAAAGUGUUGGAAGAGGAUCGAGGCAGAGUCGCGGACUCAGCCACUUCCGCUUUUAUGGACGCGCCUGGGGUUCUUCAAUCCGCAGACAUAAUGACGUCGCGCGUAUCCGAGGGUGGAGUUCAGAGCGUGUGCACGCAGGUGAUUUCUACGCGAGUUACCAGGCCUAGCGAUAGUGAGGAGCUUGAAGAGGAAAAGGAAGAUUUAGAAGCACAAGGAGAUACGGAAAAAGACGUGGACACGAUGGAUGUGGAAACGGCGGGAGGUCUAGAACAGAUAUUGGAUCAAGAUAUGCCUGAAGAUGACGGUCUCGAACCGAUGCGGAUUACAUCCGUCCACUCUAUGCUGCAGCAGGCCAGUACGUCCCUAUCCUCAGCAUCAGGCAUGUCCUUCGAUACAGUCGUAGAAAAAGAUAUAGAGAAGGACAGAUCUGAGCGUCAUUCACCUGACAGCGAUUCAUUCGAGCUCGUAGACAAGCCUGAUAUCAUUGAUGACUUUGUGGUGAUCGAGGAAGUCGGACGCGAAGCGGAGGAGUUCGAUGCCGAGGGUAAGAGUAUUCGCAUUAGCUCCGUACCUCAGACCACCAGCAAACAAUACGAUCGCGAUCUAGAAAACUUAAUUGCGGAGAAAAAAGAGGAUACGCAGGUAUCAACGAGUCAGACGUCGAAAAACAACGAUCUAUUCGACUUUGAAACCGAGGAGAGCCCACCCCAAGUGUCGAACGAGGAUCAAUCUCAAUCCUAUUCUGACGAAGAGCAGUAUGAGAAUAAGAAGUGGAUAGAGAUGCAGUUCCACGCGGAUGCGAGAGUGUACGAUAUCGAGUAUGACCGCGGACCAUUGGAGGACAUCAAGGAAGAGGAGGUCACUGAUUUUGAGGCCGGCAGCAGUAGACUCGGCAGUUUAGGCAGCCACAAAGAGUCCAUAGGCAGUGUGGGAAGUAUGCGCGGUAGCUUAGGCAGUACACCGGACUACGACGUUCUAGGGAAGAAGUAUUUCACCAAGCCUACAGAUCACGACUCUGCGUCCUUGACCUCACUGCAGGAAUUCGAGCACUUGGAGAGCACCGUGGCAGCCGAGAACUCGCGGAGGGUAUGCGGCUCGCAGGAUUCCAGCAGCAAUAACGGCAGUCUUCCGAGGAGAUACGUGACCAGUCGUUCGGGUCACGGCGACGACGUCUCGUUGUCCUCACUAAAGGAUUUCGAGGGUCUUGAGAAGGCCUGCAGAGAGGCUCAUCUGAUGGAACUGCGGGCCCGUGAGGAAGAGGAGCUACUGGAACACGAGAGUCCGGAGAACAAAUAUAAAUUGGAGAAUCUGCCGCGCUCGAGGACAGAGACUAGUGCGGCUGGUUCGUUUAAUCCUAGCACUUCCGGGUCGGACGACUACGAGAAGAGGAUAAAAGAGAUUGAUGAGAUAAUACGCAUCGCGCAGUCUAACGUGGAGAAAUCCGAACGACAGGACGACACUACGGAGGACAUUUCGCAGAUCGAGGCUACCGAUGCUGAGAAAGUUAUCGCUCAACCAAUUCCGGAAACACUUCCAGAGGAAGUGGAAGAACUCGAUGAGGCACGAGCAGCACAGAAAGAAAGCAAUAUCAUGGAGACCAGUACGGAUUCUCUGGAAUUGGAAGAUGCUGAGAAGAAAUAUCAUCAGUUGUGUCGAAGCUCCGAUUCUUUGGAAAUGAAGACGACUCUGGACUUUCCGUCCUUGAGUUCGGAUUCGUUGAAUAAUAUAAAGGACGCAAAGGAAACCGCCGAGCAAUAUGGUGGCAACGCGAGACGCAUUUCCUCGGAUUCUCUUGAGAUGCCUUUGUUAGAGCAGCAGGAUGCUGGAGCGUCCGAGAGAAGUACUGGCAGUAACGGGCGUCAUGCCGAAGAAGAAACCGACCGUUCUGUUGGACGAACGUCUUCGACGGGAACGAGAAGCGACAAAAUGAAAACGUCACCAAGUAGCGGUACAUAGGACAAUUUUCGUGGAUAAGCGGACCAUCAGGAAGGAUUUUUGCCACGAUUUCAUAAACACAUUACAAAUAACUCAAGAAGCUUUAUAUGUAAAACACGAUAUAUAAUGUACUAAAGAACUUGUGCAUUGUGGAUAUACAAGAUAGUAUUACAUUUUGUCCUUGUUUUACGCGAUGUCUUCUGAUAACAUUUAUAUUAUGCUUAAGUCAGAUAGUUGCUAUCUUUAAAAUAUAACAUUGUUGCGUGGGAUAAAGUGGAAGGAACGCUUGCUUGUUUGUCAUUAUUAAAUUUGGACAGACCUAUUGUUGUAAUAAUUCUUGCUGUAUUCGUUCAGGAAAACGCAAACAAUCUUAACUGUUUUUGAAAUCUUUACAGACAUUAAGUUGCAUUUUACAUAUACUUUUUUAACACAUACUUUAAAGUGCUACUUACACGUUCUACUUGUAUUAUAACGCGUACGACGCCGACUCUUAUAGCGUGUUUUAUAAACAAUUUGAUUACGGGAUGUCUUUGUGGAUGCGCUUUCGUAAAAUUUUAUAAUAUAUUUGACGUACCUCGUAUCGUGUAAUGAUUUCAAGCGAUGUCUGCGAAACUCAAAAAAUACAAUAAUGUUAUCUUAACGCAUAUUUACAAAGGAAGACAGAUACAUAAUAUCUAAAUAGAAAAUUUUAUAUGCAAAUAUAAUAUUUAGGGCACCCCCUCCCCCCCCACACACACACACAUUAUGGAAAGUAGCAAAUACACUUUUCUAUUUAAAUAAUUCCAACAAUUGUUUGAUAACUUAUUAUAUUUGUUUCUCUGAUUAUAAAAAGUUACUUGUGUAUGUUAUCAAUUAUGUUUAAACAUGUAUUGUAUAUUUAUACAAGUUAUAAUAAUGUGAUUUAAGAAGUUUGUUUCCUUAACGAUGGAAAUAUACAUCUGUGCAUUAUCUGAAA